AUGCCAUCCAAGGAAUCCAAAUCCGGAAUUCCCAUUCAGCCCGUUCCUGAGAAGCGCGGCUAUGAAUUCGGUGGACCAUUUGGAGCUUUUGGAAUUAUCUUCGGUCUUCCCGUUCUGAUCUACGGCUUCACGUUCUUCUGUAACGAUGUCUCCGGUUGUCCUGCACCGUCGCUGCUUCACCCGCCCUCCCUGACCGUCGAUGCGUUGAAACAAGAAAUUGGCUGGCCGGAAGGAGGAAUCGCCGCUUUUUAUGAUACACGGGUCACUCUAGGAGUGCUCAGCUAUUAUUUGCUGAGCCUUCUCUUGUACGUGUUCCUGCCCGGACAUGAGGUGGAGGGCACGGAGUUGGCUUGCGGAGGAAGACACAAGUAUAAGUUCAAUGCAUUCCUCUCCGCCGUUUUGAUUCUCUCGGGCUGUGGUGUUGGCACAUACCUAUACGGUGCGGAGUUCGUGGUCUGGACUUUCCUGUGGGACAACUACCUGCAGGUCAUUACGGCCAAUCUGUUGAUCUGUACUGUGAUCGCGGUCUUUGUCUAUGUCAUGAGUUUCACCGUCCCCUCACCAGGCGAGAAGAACGCCGAACUCCGACAAUUGGCCCCCGGCGGACACACCGGCAACGUCCUGUACGACUUCUUCAUCGGACGCGAACUGAACCCUCGUGUGCGGUUGCCUAUCCCGUUCGUCAGCGAAAGCUCGCGGACUAUCGAUAUCAAGGUCUGGAAUGAGAUGAGACCCGGUCUGCUGGGAUGGAUUAUCCUGAACCUCUCCAACAUCGCUCGUCAGUACCGGGAAUACGGUUACAUCACAGACUCGAUCGUCCUCGUCACCGUCUUCCAGGCAUUCUACGUCUUGGAUGGUCUCUACAUGGAACCUGCACUUUUGACCACCAUGGACGUCAUCAUGGACGGCUUCGGCUUCAUGCUUUCCUUCGGUGACCUUGUCUGGGUGCCCUUUAUCUACAACUUCCAAACCCGCUACCUCGCCAUGUUCCCCUUCGAACUUGGCCUUCAAGGUCUCGCAAUGGUCCUCGGCGUCACCGCAAUUGGCUACUCGAUCUUCCGCGGCGCCAACAACCAAAAGAACCGUUUCCGCACCAACCCCAACGACCCCCGUUGCAAGAACCUCAAGUACAUCGAGACCAAGAGCGGCUCCAAGCUCAUGAUUUCCGGCUGGUGGGGUCUUGCGCGCCACAUUAACUACCUGGGUGACUGGACUAUGUCAUGGGCUUACUGCCUGCCCACUGGUGUUGCGGGUUUCGUCAUGGUGCAGAGUGUGAAUCCGGCUACUGGUGUUGUGCAGAAGCAGGCAGUGCAGACCCCUGAGGCUCGUGGGUGGGGUAUGGUUUUUACUUACUUUUACAUGCUUUACUUUGGCAUCUUGCUUGUUCACCGUGAAAUGCGUGAUGAGGAAAAGUGCAAGAAGAAGUAUGGAGCUGACUGGGAUCGGUACACGUCGUUGGUUCGCAGCCGGAUCAUCCCGGGUAUUUACUAG